AUGGACGACUCGGAGCUCGAGCAGAUUCGAAAAGCGCGCCUGGACCAGCUCAAGGCCCAGCAGGGCGGCGGCGGCGGCUCACGCAGCGGCGGGCAGCCGUCGUCGGCGGGCGGCCAAGACCAAGAGCAGCAGAAGCAGCAGCAAGACGAAGCGCGGCAGCACAUGCUCAACCAGAUCCUGCACCCCGAGGCGGCGGACCGGCUCGGGCGCAUCCGGCUCGUCAAGCAGCAGCGCGCGACCGACGUGGAGAACCGGCUCAUCAUGCUGGCGCAGACGGGCCAGCUACGGCAAAAGGUGACGGAGGCGCAGCUCAAGGACCUGCUCAACGCCGUGGCGGACAACAAGGAGGAGGAGAAAAUUGUGGUGAGCAGGCGCAAGGGGUGGGAUGACGACGACGACUUGUUGGACUUGUGA